AGGAAUAGAAGUAAAAACCAGAUUAGUAAGCUUGUCAAAUUCUAUUUCAUGGCGCUUUUGUUUUCGUUCACCUAAUAACACCAUUUUCUCUCUCCUUUCCUUCUGCCACUUGCAGUAUAGACGACGUAAGAAAUCUCUCACUUCCCUCUCUAUUUUCUUGUCUCUUUCUCUCUCUCUUCCUGUAUCGCCAUUUCAUCGCUUAUUUCUCGUAAGCAUCUUUAUGUUCUCUUUUUCUUAUGAAGUGAAGAUCAAGAAGUAUCUCUCUCGCGUCAUGGCGUGGGGGAAUGUGUAUAAAAGGCGAAUCAAAGUCUUUACCUUGGCCUUAAUAAUAUACCUGGAUUAUAAGGCUUUGCAGCAGAGAGGUAAAUGGAUUAAAAACAAAACUAAAAAGGCUGCUUUGUGGAAAAAAGCUCAUGAGCGCAAUGCGAGGCGUAUUCUCAACUUCAUGAUACAAAUGGAAGGUUUGUGGGUAAAACUUGGACAAUAUUUGUCUACACGUGCUGAUGUUCUUCCUGAAGCCUAUAUUCAGCUUCUCAAACAACUACAAGAUUCUCUUCCUCCUCGACCCUUGAAGGAGGUGUGCAACACUAUAGAGAAGGAGAUGGGAAAAUCUUUGGAGGAACUAUUUUCGAAAUUCGUAGAAGUCCCUCUGGCUACAGCAUCAAUAGCACAAGUUCAUCGUGCUACUCUAAUAAAUGGACAGGAAGUGGUGGUCAAAGUUCAGCAUGAUGGAAUCAAGCGUGUUAUAUUGGAGGACUUGAAGAAUGCUAAGUCAAUUGUAGAGUGGAUAGCUUGGGCUGAACCUGUUUACAAUUUCAACCCCAUGAUAGAUGAAUGGUGCAGAGAAGCACCUAAAGAACUUGAUUUUAACAUUGAGGCUGAGAAUACCCAAAAGGUGGCCAGAAAUCUUGGUUGUGACAAGUCAAAUAGUUAUACAAGGGGUACAAAUCUUGUUGAUGUUUUGAUUCCAGAAGUUAUACAGUCUACUGAGAAAGUGAUUAUUUUGGAGUACAUGGAUGGGGUUCGCUUAAAUGAUUUAGAUGCUCUGCAAGCAUUGGGUGUUGAUAGAAAAAAGCUGGUGGAGGAAAUUACUCGUGCGUAUGCCCACCAAAUUUAUGUUGAUGGCCUCUUCAAUGGUGAUCCCCAUCCUGGAAACUUUCUUGUGAGCAAAGAGUAUCCACAUCGUCCGAUUCUGCUAGACUUUGGCCUCACAAAGUCCCUUCCUAUGACCACAAAACAAGCUUUGGCAAAAAUGCUCUUAGCAGCUGCGGAGGGGGAUCAUGUGGCUCUUUUGUCUGCAUUUGCAGAAAUGGGACUUAAAUUACGCAUGGACUUACCCGAACAGGCAAUGGAGGUGACAACUGUUUUCUUUCGUAGCUCUACUCCUGCAAGUGAAGCUUCUGAAACAUUGAAGAACUUCACAGAAGAAAGAGCAAAAAAAAUGAAGGACUUGCAGGAAAAAUUGAAGCUUGAUGAUAAACAAGCUAAACGGUUUAAUCCUGUUGAUGCCUUUCCUGGAGAUAUAGUGAUAUUUACUCGGGUGCUUAAUCUUUUAAGAGGUCUUUCUGCUACAAUGGAUGUUCGCAUUGUCUACUUUGAAAUCAUGAGACCAUUUGCCGAGUCUGUUUUGGGAGGAAUCAUUAAUAAUGGACCAGCAACAAGUACACAAUGGCUCUGUGAUACUCCUGUGCAUUCAGAUGUGGAGGGCAAGCUGCGGAUGCUCUUAACUGAUCUGGGAAAUGCCGGAAAGAUACUUGGAAUUCAGAUUUGUGCCUACAAGGAUGGGGAAGUCAUCAUUGACACUGCUGCUGGAGUGCUUGGAAAGUACGAUCCCCGCCCUGUUCAGCCUGAUUCAUUGUUUCCUGUCUUUUCAGUAACAAAGGGCAUAACAGCAGGACUGCUUCAUUGGUUAGUGGAUAACAGUAAGCUGAGGUAUGAUGAAAAUAUAUCUUCUAUAUGGCCUGAAUUUGCAUCAAACAGUAAGGAUAUGAUAAAGGUUCAUCAUGUUCUUAAUCAUACAUCUGGUCUCCACAAUGCAUUGGCCAACAUCAUGAAAGAGAAUCCUCUAUUGGUAUCUGAUUGGAAUGAGUGCUUGCAACGAAUUGCUGAGUCCAUUCCUGAGUGUGAACCUGGUCAACUGCAGCUGUAUCAUUAUCUUUCAUUUGGAUGGCUAUGUGGUGGAAUUGUUGAGCAUGCAACUGGGAAGAAAUUUCAGGAGAUUCUUGAAGAAGCAUUCAUUCGUCCGCUAAGUAUUGAGGGUGAGCUGUAUAUUGGCAUCCCCCCAGGAGUUGAAGAUCGACUAGCAGCACUUACGCUGGACACUGAUGAUCUUAAGAAGCUGUCUUUGUUGAGUGCUCGUUCUGACCUGCCUUCCACCUUCCAGCCUAGCCAAAUUGCUCAGGUUGCCACUGCACUCCCUGCUCUAUUCAAUUCUCUAUUUGUCCGCCGUGCUAUCAUCCCUGCUGCUAAUGGACACUGCUCUGCUCGUGCUCUGGCACGUUAUUAUGCUUCAUUGGCCGAUUGUGGAGCUAUUCCGAAACUACCCUCUUCCGCACCGCCCCUUGGAAGCCACAUCCAUAUUCCAAAGUUUACAUCUGAGAAGCUUCAUAAGAAAGAAAACAGUACCCGCAAGAAGCGUCUAAAUGUGGUUUCUCUAUGCAGAACCAUGAUGUCUGAAAAUUUUAAUCAUGAAAAACGUAAAAAGAGUGUGAAGACUUCUAGUUACGAUAGAGUUCCGAGUGAUGAGGGUAGUAGCACUAGCAGCAACCUUGAGGAAAAUACAUAUGACGUAGAUAUGAAACGUGAUGAUCACAAAAAGACAAUUGUGAAGAUUUUCAGUAACUUUAGAAUUCAUGAUGCCUUCAUGGGUUUUGGAGAAUAUGAGAGCUUUGCUUUGCCAAACGGAGAUUUCGGGUUAGGAUUUAAGCGUAUAACUUCCAAUGAUGGAUCUGUUAUUGGCUUUGGUCACUCGGGAAUGGGUGGAUCAACUGGUUUUUGUGACGUAAAAAACAGGUUUUCUAUAGCCAUUACCCUAAACAAAAUGUCAUUCGGGGCUGUCACGGGAAAGAUUAUUCAGCUGGUUUGUUCAGAAUUGAACCUCCCCAUGCCCCGGGAGUUGAAAGGUCUCGGUGACGGGGAAGGAAGUUCAGAGAUGAUUUCUGAAAUGCCUUUGAUUAAUUAAGUUUUGUUUCUUUUUCUUAAUUUUUACUCAUGGUGAUCAUAUUUUUCCCUUUUCUUUUUAAAAUAAAAUAAAAUUUAUGUAAUUAAUUUAUUAAUUAUAUCUAAAGAAUGAUCAUUCUAAGCAAUUGUAGAAAGGUGACGGUGAUGCUAUGAAGUUGUAUAUGAAUAUACGAGUAAAUCUUUGAUUAAAAUUUGUCUACAUGAUCACAUCUCACGGUUUGUGCCUUUGUGGUACACUACAUCAGUAGUACGGCCUGUGUCCCUUUGUGUCUGCUUCGGCAGUCUGGACAUAUAUGGUAUAUGCCUGGACAUGCAGGGAAUAUAUGUAUGCCUCUCAUUCAUGCCUGUGACCCUGUGAUGUUUAAUUGUUGAGCUCACGACUUCAAUACAAGAAGUUCAUAUGUUGAUAAUUUGUAUUAGUUGAUUUUUCAAUCCAUGUAUGAUGCACGUCUCACGGUAAUAUUGUUUUUAUACAAUAAUUUGUGUUCAAAAAAUUUCUCAAAGUAAGCUUCGAGAAAUGUUAAUUUUCAAGAUAAGUGUUUUCGUGUUCG